AUGGAGCUUGCCCCCUUUGCCAAGACAGCGCGUCAACGAGCCACCCUACAUGCACUGAUCGCUGCAUAUGUCAUCGAAAGACCACUCAUUCCAGCCAUUCGCUUCAACCUCGACGCAACAACGAAUGCCACUGCCAUCCUCGACUAUCGCUUUGACAUCGCUGGUGUGAAGGAGUUGGGUUUUGUUCUGGGUUUACCUGCUGUCAUCAUCACACCCAAACGCGUACGCGUACACCGAGAAGAGGCCAUGUGUGUGUUGUUGGGCCGUUUGGCGUUUCCUGUGCGGUUCCACACCAUGACAAAGACCUUUGGCCGAUCACGCUCCUCUCUGUGCGACAUCUUUUUACACCUCGUCAACGAAUUGUACGCUCGGUGGGGAUCGCUGUUGUUUUUUAACAAGAAGUUGGUCGCCAAAAAUAUUGAUCGCUACUGUGCUGCCGUGGCGUCCAAGGGAGCGCCACUUUCGAACGUAUUUGGUUUCAUCGACGGCACAAAAGUCCAAACAUGCCGCAUUACGGCAACGGGGGACGGCUCAAACCUGCAAAAGCAAAUCUACAGCGGGCACAAACGUAUCCACUGUCUCAACUACCAGGCCGUCACUGCUCCGGAUGGUAUUUGCGUGCACUUUUUCGGUCCCAUCGAAGGUCGGCGUCACGACACCACCAUGCUGCGAGAGAGCGGGCUGCUAGAGUACCUCGAGGUCAUCAAGGAGCACUGUCUUCUCGCUAACGUCUUCUGCAACACCGGACGCUCUUUGGGACUGAUUGUUUGCCUUUCGAUGGGCAUCCAGCAAAAGCAUGAAGCGGUUGCAUGCCCUCUUGGCAUCGAUGUCACUGCGUCGGAAGUCAUCAGCCAUUUCCAAGGCCGAAGCAACGUCAGCCCAACGUUCCAUGACGUGUCCUCGUCGGGCUUGGAACGGCAUUUCCAGCGACACUUGGCGAAGGAGCAUAACGUCGUCGUCUUCAGUGAAAUUGCGGCGCUUCGUCGGGGUGGCCAUGGUGCAAUGUGCUCAUUCAACGGAUGCGGCCUCCCCGCCUUGCCCCACUCGGCCAAGUGCUCGUUUCACAAACACCGACAGCUAUGCAACGUCGACGCUUGUUCCAAACCAAGUGUAAGCUCGGAAUCUGUGCGUUCGUCACGGUGGCAAGCGACCUUGCGUCGUCUGCGGGCGCCUUAG